AUGAAUUCUUCACAAAGCUCAUUUACUGAUCUUAACGAUUGGGCUUUAGUUUACUAAAAUCUCCAAACCAUCGAACAAGAGUAUCUAUCUUUGAAGCUUAAAUUACUUUUCAAAACUAUCCCCAAUUUUGAUGACUUUAUCAAACUUUACGAGUCAUCUAAAAUAGGGUGCAAUGAGGCUUGGAAUCACAAUGAAGAGAUUUUUUUAUAACUCAUUGUUUUAAGUCUUAAUCCAAGAUGCAUAAAGGUACAACAUUUGAUUUAAUUUUUAAAGAAUCGCUUCGACUGGGAGAAGGUCCAAAAGUUAAUGCCAAAGUACAGGAGUCUGUCUGAAUUGUGCUUUAAAUUCUAAUCUUUCUAUAAAGCACAACUUCCCAGACAACCCUGGUCUUCCUUUGAAGAUAAAGCUUUGUUGUAAAUCAUUUUGUAUUUAUUAUUUUCUAUAUUUAGAGACAAUACCAGUCGCUGCAAGAAAAAAUGGAGCUCUAUUGCUAAUUAAUACAAUCUACUCUGCAAAUCUGAGAUUCUUAGAAAUGCCAAACAAUGUCGAGAGAGAUGGAACAACAAACUCGAUCCAUAAAUUAAUAGGUAAUUAUUAAUAUUUAAAUCGACUUAGAGAACCAUGGUCUAGAUCUGAGGAGUUACACUUUCUUCAAUUGCUUCUUCAGAAUGGACGAAGGUGGGCUGACAUAUCUUUAAAAUUGUCAAUGAUCACCAAAUACAAGAGAAGAACUGAAUUUGCUCUUAAACACAAAUUCAAGUAACUCUAGAAAUAUUAUGGUAUUCUCUUAAUUCCAUAUUUUAGGUCACAAAGCUAAAAGACUUAAUAAGACUGAUUUCGAAAUCAGUCCACGUUGGAACAUAUAGGAAGUUGAAAUGAUCCUAUCCAAAAUCGAGAUUAUCUAAGAAAAAUAACAAAAGACUCUGACUCAAGAAUAUUCUUGUUGUGAAUUUUUGAGAACAGAUUUUGAAUUUUCCUUAGUAGUAAUCAAAAAUGGAUGCUUGAUAAAAUUGUGA